CCGGGCUCGGCGCCUACUGGUCGCCGCCUCGUGGCUGCCCUGCGUGGCACUGGGGCUGGCGCUGAGCUCGGAGCCGCUGCUCACCGCGCGGCCAGCGCACCACUGCCGUCCAGACCUCGCGCUACUACCGCCCUCGCUGCGUGCCCUGCGCGGGCCGGCGCUGCUCGAUGCCAGCGUGCCGCGCCUGGGUCCCGCGCGCGCCCUGAGCCCGUGCCUGCUCCUGCGCUACCCGGUGGCCGGCGCCCGCCCGAGCUCCGCGCUCGCGCCAAACGGCACGCGGUCCUGCACGCGCGGCUGGCUCUAUACGCUCCCCGCCGCCGGCCUGAUGCACAGCCCGGUCACCCAGUGGGACCUGGUGUGUGAAGAUAGCUGGAAGGUUCCGCUGGAGCAGACGUGCCACUUCCUGGGCGGGCUGCUAGGCUGUGUCCUUCUGGGUGCAGGGUGUGACAGGUUUGGCCGCCGGGCUGUUUUUGUGGUCUCCCUGGUGCUGGCCACAGUCCUAGGGGCCAGUGAAGCCCUGGCUGCCAGUUUCCAGACCCUCCUGGCCCUGAGGUUUCUCCACGGGGGCACCUUGGCAGGGGCCUUCCUUGCCCUUUAUGUAGCUCGCCUGGAGCUGUGUGACCCCCCACACCGCCUGGCCUUCUCCAUGGGAGCUGGCCUCUUCUCAGUGGUGGGCACCCUGCUGCUGCCUGGGCUGGCCAUGCUGGUGCAGGACUGGCGCCUUCUGCAGGGCCUGAACGCCCUGGUGACUGGAUUCUUGCUGCUCUUUUGGGGGGUGACGGGAAGCCACAUCCAUGUCCCAACCCCUUUCGGUCCAGGGAGGGCACUGGCUUUGUUGCUGCAUCAUGGAAGAGGUGAGCAGGCCACAGGCCUCCUUGACAACCCUGCAGGUUCCCAGCUGUUCCCUGAGUCUCCCGGCUGGCUUCUGGCCACGGGGCAGGUGACCCAAGCAGGCAGGAUUCUGUGGCACUUUGCAGAAGCCAGCGGCCUGGACCCUGAUGACAGCUCCUCAGAGGAGAACUCCCUGGCUACAGAGCUAGCCGCGCUGUCUGCAGGCAACCCGCAGCCCCAGUACCACUCCAUCCUGGGCCUCCUGCACACCCGUGUCACCUGGAGGAACGGGCUCAUCCUGGGAUCUAGUUCGCUGAUCGGUGGGGGCAUCAGGGCCGGCUUCCUCCGCCGCCUGGCCCCAGGCGAGCCCGCCUUCUACCUGCCCUAUUUCCUGGAAGCUGGCCUGGAGGCUGCAGCCACCGUACUGCUGUUCCUGACGGCAGAUCGCUGUGGACGUCGCCCUCUCCUGCUGCUGGGCACCAUGGCUGCAGGCCUGGUAUCCCUGCUACUCCUCGCUGGGGCUCAGUACCUGCCAGGCUGGACCGCACUGUCCCUUUCUGUCCUGGGGCUCCUGGCCUCCCAGGCUGUGUCGGUGCUCAGUGUUCUCUUUGCAGCUGAGGCCUUCCCCACCGUGAUCAGGGGGGCCGGGCUAGGCCUGGUGCUGGGGGCCGGGUUCCUGGGCCGGGCUGCUGCCCCGCUCACUGACAUCCGUGGCCGGCAUGGCUUCUUCCUACAAGACGUGGUCUUCACCUCCCUGGCCAUCCUCAUCCUGCUCUGUGUCCUGCUCCUGCGUGGGUGUCCACCUCAGGGCCACCUGCCUCUGCUGCUGCCCUCCCAUUCGGGAUGAGCAGCCACACCGCCCAGCAGCACUACUGUGAGCCAGGACAAGGGCCACAGCUGAACACCCCCAAGGGCUGACCAGAGCUGCCACAGCGAGGCAGACACAUCCCACCAAGACCGCCAGUCAGUGCGGGCAGGGAGGCGGUGGACACAGCAGGAAGGGGCCCUGGAUGGGCCCCUGGGUCUGGGGGGCUGGCUUCCAUCUCUUCCGUGGCCAUGCCACCAGAUGGGCAGGACAGAGGCAGCUAUGGAGUGUGGCAUCCACCAGGUGGGCAGGGCUGGCCUGGUGCCUUGUCCCACAUGGCACACACUCUGGCCUCACCAGGACGGCCAGAGCAGGUCAGGCCUCCCACCCCCCCGGCCCCAGGCUGUGGCUUCCUGCCAGGCACAGCCUGCCUGGCAGA